UAAGUGUAAUUUAAUAGCAUGUUUUUUGAUUAGGUUGAUAACUUGCAAAACCGAAAAAAGUAGAAAAACCUAUAAAAUUAACAAAAUAUUCCAUAAGGCGAUGAUGAUGAAGUCACUUAUGGUAGCUUUGGAGAUUUUAAUUAAGAAAUAAAAGACCUUAAGAAUUAAUUUGAGCAGAUUAAUUGUAUGCAUUAAUGUAGAGAUAAUCAGGAAGAAAAUAGCUAAGAUUAAUCUUAAGAAGUUUAAAUCUGUUUUGAAGAUUAAAAAUAUGUCAUAAACUCUCCUCCUUAGACGAUUGAAUAUAUAAAUCCAUUUAAAAUGUUAGAGAAUCACAAUAAAAAUGUCAAAGGUUUUUAAAAAAAGCAUAGAAAAUCUAUAUUUUAGGAAGAGUCGCUUUUAAAAUAAAUGACAUCUAUGAAUUAGCAAUCUUUAGAGGUUAGUUCAAGCAGAUAUGAGAAUUUGUUUGAUCACCAAAACGCUAUUGAAACACUUAAUGAUACUAAAAAUGAAAUGAUAGGCAUCAAAAACUAAAAAAUAUAGACUAGUUAAAAACUUUAGAGUAGCUUAUAAGUAUAAUAAGAUAAUGAUAAUUCCUAGCAUAAGCUAAAAAAAAUUGAUGCAUGUGAGUCAUAAAUAAAAAAUAAGAGCUAAAGAACAUUAUUGCAAAAUAUUUUUGAAAAGAGUUAACACUAAAAAAAGAAUAUAAGCUUAGCCAAGAAAGUAGAACUUUAUAGUAAAAAAUUUAUCACUCUACUUAAAAAUAAGAGAAUAAACAGAAGGCCUGAAAAUUUGACUGUUGAGUAAAGAAAAUUAAUAAAUGAUAAUUCAGAUCAAAUUAACACCUUUUCAAGCUUUGCAAGGUCUAACUUUCUCUUAAAUUUGAUGAAUUAUCACUUCUUUAAAUUUCUAAAUAAUUCAGAAUCUAAUCACAUUUUCAUGCCUACAGAUAAUUUCAAAAUAGUUUGGGACUCUUUUUAAAUUAUUUUCAAUUUUAUUUUUCUCUUUGCUUAUUCGAUAUUUCUCAUAUUUUAAGAGACAAAUAAAGAUCUUUAGUAUUUAAACAAUGCAUUUAAAGUUUUUACUCUAUUUUCUUUUUUAGAUAUACUUAUAAAUUGCAAUUCAUCCUAUUAUGUAAACGACUCGAUUAUGAUUGAGAGAAAGUAAAUAAUCAUUAAUUAUAUGAAAUCUAACUUCAUAUUAGAUUUUAUUAGUUUCUCUGCUUCGAUGUAUUAGGUAAUCAACUACCAUCACACUAUUGUGUACAACCCUGAUCACUAAAUUCAAAUUUACUUAAUAAAUAUUUUAAUAUUUUUAAGAUUCUGUGGUAUUUAUUCAAAGAGGAGAGUUUUUGAUAAUAUACAAUAGCUAAGCAGUUUCUAAAGACAUUCUAUCAAAAUAUUCAAUCAACUCGUAUUUAUGGUUACAGUUGCUCAUAUAAUGGGGAUUUUUUGGUAUUUAUUGGGAUUAUAUGAGCAGCUCCAAGGCAUAGAAGUAGUUUGGUACACUAAAUAUUAAUAGAAUUUAUAACAAAGUGUUUAGCUAUAUAUUUGCAGCUUUUACUGGAGUGUCACAACAAUGAUUACUGUUGGGUAUGGAGACAUUACACCUCAAAAUUCACUAGAAAGUAUGUUUUGUGCUGUUUCUAUGAUAAUAUUUAGCUGUGUAUAUGCAUAUUCUAUAAAUAAUAUUGGUAUUAUAUUGGAGGAAAUUGAAAAAGCAUCUAAAGAAAUGAAUGACAAUAUAAUUGUUAUGCAAAGAUAUUUGAGGAGAAGAAAUGUUCGUACUUAGCUAAAAGACAGGAUUAAGCAAUAUUUAAAUUUUUUAAGUCAAGAAUAAAGAGAUAGAAACAAGUAGGCAGAAGAUAAAGUAAUUGGAAUACUUUCUAAUAAACUGAGAGAUGAGCUGACUUAAGAAGUCAAUAACAAAAUGUUAAAGACCUGUUCUAUUUUUUAUAAACUAUUUUCUUAAUAAACCUUAAUUAAUUUGUCGAAACAUAUAAAAGAAAUUGAAGUUUCUCCUAAUGAAGUUAUUUAUUGCGAAAAUGAUAUUGGCAAUUAAGCUAUCUACUUUAUUUUAGAUGGGCUUAUUGAAAUUUAUUCAGAUCAUGGUAAUAAUAAAACUGUAUUAAAUGUAUUAAAAUAAAAUCAAUACUUUGGAGAGUUUUCAUUUUUCACAGGCUUACAAAGGAGCUAUUCAGUUAGGAGUGUUAAUUUAUCAACACUCUUUUAUUUGACUAGAGAGGAUUUCUUAUUUGUAAUAAAAAAUUGUAAAGAAGACUUUCAAAGAUAUAAAAUGUUGGAGGAAAAGGCUUGCAUAGGCAAAAUUGUUUCAGGCAUUAACAUUAAAGGUUGUUAAGCUUGUAAUUCAAUCGACCACUUCAUUAAAGAUUGCAAUUAGAUUCAUUUAGUCCUCGAUUAAUAAUUUAUAGCUCUAAGACACAAUUAUUAUGAGUUUUAAAAUAGAAAUUCUAAAAUUGCAAGAAAACUUAGAAAAAAUUAACUUAAAUCACCUCUAUUAGAUAUCAAAAAGAAUAAAGAAUUUUCAAAAAUGUUGAUGCAUAAAAUAUCUUAAUAAGGUGGAUAAGCUUAUGAUAUAGUUAAAAUGUAUAGCCUUGAGGACUAUAAUUAUCAAAGUUAAUAAAUAAUCCAAAAUUAGUCCUAUAUAAGUGACAAUAGUGAGACAUCUUCAAAUAGCUAGUCUGAUAUUGAAUUGAAGAGUAAGAAGUCAAGUGAUUAUCAAGAGAAUUAGAACAGUAUUAAAAAAAAAUUUAUGUAGGAAAACCAAAAUAAAUUAAUAGUUUAAACAACAAAUUAAUCAUAAAUUUCGAUGUUAUUUCAGGAAAAUGCUACAUAAAAUAGCGAACAUACUAAACAUACAAUAAAGACAAUUGAAUGCCCUAAUUCAAUAGUCUUUUGCCCAGGUACAGAAAAGAAGCUGAAUUAAGAAGAUGUACAUUCGAAUUCACCCUCUUGUAGUGAAAUAUAGUUAAACAUAAACGAAUUAAAAAUUCCUUCACUUUUAGAAAACAAAAAGCAUAGUAUGCAGAUAAAUUCAUCAAAUAUAGAAAUUUUCGAAAAUUAAAUUAAAGCAAAAACAUUUACUGAAUUAAAAAACGAAAAUAAUGUUAAACCCACAAAGUAAGCUUUCAUAUAAAGAUGCCAUAAAGAAUAAACAAGGUAAUUUGGAGAUAUAGAGAAUAAUAAAUCAAUUUUAUUUCAUAAUAGUAGUAAUAUUGCUAGUAGUAAUAAUAUGAAUAGUGUUAAUAAUAAUAAUAAUAAUAAUAAUAUGAAUAGUGUUAAUAAUAAUAAUAUGAAUAGUGUUAGUAAUAAUAAUAUGAAUAGUAUUAGCAAUAAAUAAAAACUAAAAGCAAAUAAUUCAACAACAACAACAGAAACAUUAAAAGUUUUUGACUCAAACCUGUAUGAAAAUUAUGAAUAAACUAAAAAUUAUUCAAGAAAAAAAAAUUCAUCCAGAACUAAGUUCAAUGAUGAUGACUAAAAUGUUUUAAUAUAAUAAUAGCAUUCAAGCUUGUAACCAUUAAUUUAAAAAGUGUAACCUUCUUUCUAAAUUUUUGAAGAGCUUGUCAAAGAAUAAAAUGAUAAAAAAUAAGUUACUCUGAAUGAAAAAUAAACUUCUGAACAUAAUUUGUAAGUUGAAAAUUAAAAUUAAAAUUAAAGAGUUCAAUUCAUGAAUAAUUAAUAUUUAUCUGCCUUAGCAUAAACAUUUGAUCAUUAAAAUUCUCAUAUAACAGAUAAAAAUCUUGUUGAAUUGAUGCUGGCAGAUAUUCUUACCAAAAAGAGUGCCUCAAGCUAAUAAAAAAACAUAUUAAUUAAUAGCAACUAAUUCUAAAAUUUCGAUAAAAUGUAUAUUUUUUCAUGCUUUUUUCCUCAUAAUAAUUUUAAUUAAGUAAUUUAUAAUAUCAAAGUUAAAAAAUCUUAAAAAUAUAUCAAAAAACUGACCUAGAAAAUAAACACGAGGAGAUAAAAUAUUUAUAUGCAAGAUUAACAAUAAAUUAAAUCGUUUAUAUAAAAAGUAUUUACUGGAUAAUAGUUUACUACUUUAUUAGGUGACUCUUAAAACACUAAAUAUAAUCCUACCACACUUUCAUAUGGCAUAUGCUCAAAAAAAACAAGAUUAUAUCCAAUCAAAAAAAAUUUUAUAUAAUGA